AUGGCCUCUUUCCUUCCUGUGAACAACUCAGCUAGGAUCGAUGACCACGCCAUGGACGGAGCGACUACACCCCGCGCCAAUCCGAACGGCCUGCCGACCACCUCGGAUCAACCUCCCGUCGCGGAGCAACCCCCGGAUGGUCUGAAGACGAGCAAAGGAAGCGAGGGCUCAGUGCAAACAACUAUAUCAACCGGACGAGCCAGGACAGCCUCCAUGUCCGACGAGCAGAUGAACGAGUCCGACGGAGAACCAGAAGGAUCCGAUCAUGAGGGAGAACCGGGGAGUGCACCGCCGUCGAAAAAGAAGAAGGGACAACGCUUCUUCUGCACCGACUUCCCUCCUUGCAACCUUAGUUUCACUCGAAGUGAACAUUUGGCCCGCCAUAUUCGAAAGCACACCGGCGAGCGACCCUUCCAAUGCCACUGCUCUCGACGCUUCUCUCGCCUCGACAACUUGCGCCAACAUGCCCAGACAGUCCACGUGAAUGAGGAUAUACCAGGGGACUCCCUGGCGGCCACCGGCACUCGGUUUCAGCGCCAGGUGCGUACGGAUCGAGUGCGCCCCCCGGGUCGUGCACGAGCAGGUACUACCGGUAGUGCGGGUGGUCACAGCCGGGGUCACAGCCGUAACCUAUCUACCUCCAGCAUUACAUCUACCACAUCGACCUUUAGCCAACCCCAGGAGCUGCGCCGCCGUCCUCCGCCGCUGAUGAUGGCCAACGACCCAACUACCCGCUCUCGUCUAGGGCUGGACCUAAUGGGAGAGCCACCGAGUACCCCGCCAAGUCAGAUUCGAGGACUUCCACCGUCUGCAAGUGGCUCACCAUACACCCCAUUCACUACCGGGGCAAAUGGCAGUUCACAUUAUAGCUCGCCCAUUUCCGGUGCAACGCAUUUCUGGGAGGGAAAAACAGCUGCCCGUCGGCUAUCAGUCCCGACCAGUAGUCAUCCCUUUCUUCCUCAGCAUGGCAGCGCAUAUCCGCCACAUUAUGCCAACUCGGCCGCUGUCCCGCCAUAUGCCAACGCGGCUGGAGUAUUUGCAAGCCCCACGAGCAGCAACUAUCCUCCAUCCAGGGAUGAGAGCACCCUCAGUGCUGCUGAGAUAGAAAUGCGACGACGCACAUGGCACCCUUCGACAUAUCCUGUAUUUGGUCGACCAUCAACUAGUGGUCUGAGCCAAUACCACACCCCCGAUACCGUCCAGCCGUCAUUUGGAGCUACUUCCAACCCCGCGGACCAACCACCUCGAUUACCCGGAAUUGAGAGUUUUGACAAAGUUGUUUCUCAACACCGUCCCUUGACCCCUCCCGCCCGCAAACCAAGUCCGAUGCAGAUCGACAGCCACGGCCGCCCUCCUCCGAACCAUGGCUUUGGCUCAGGAUUCAACUACGCUCAACCUUCAGUCCGGCCAACACCUCCCAUCUCAGGCCCAGGGCAUCGCCGCGGUCAUGUAUCGUGGGAUAUGGGCCUCCACACCGGCUUGACCGGUCUUGAUAUUCGGGAUCAACGGUCUUCGAGGGAUGCCUCUCAAUGGAGCCAGCAGACCAUCGCGGAGCUCCAGAAUGUUUCCUCUCGCCCGUCAUCAUCCUACCAGCCAAGCUUCGGCCCCAUGGCCGAAAGAAGUCCGGAUGAACACCGUGGCCACGCUCCUAGUCUUUCUUCAGGGAGCAUCAGGCCGACACAUACAUCUCCCGAAGACUCAAGCAGCAGUGAGGGAGUUCACACUCCGUCCACCGCCUCGGUAGAGUACCACCCGGCGAUUGUACACAGCAGUGGAUAUAUUGAAUCUCACGAGUCCUCGUUACCAUCCGAACAUCCUCAUCCGAUCUGUGGUCCACGAGACCAUCACACCGACGGCUACCCAGGCCAUGCCGAGCAAGAGCCCCGAACAGGUGUUUUCAACGACUCUACUCGGGAUUCCGGCAUGGGUCGGCUUGAGGCUUUGGUUGCGGUCGCGACGAGCGAGAACAAAGGGACCGCUAAAUUGUUCUUGUAA